CCGACCUUUUACCUCGAAGCAUCCUUCUCUUCUCCCUUUUGUUUCCCCUCGACGGCGGCGGCGGCGGCGGCAACCAGGGUUUAGAGGAGGAGAAGCUUGCUCGGCGCAAAACCCUAGCCCCGCGCCUUCAUCUACGGAUUCAUCGCGCCUCUGCCGCGUAUCCUUGUGGAGUGCCCUGCCACGCUGCAUUGGCGGUCACGAUGAGGGUGAAGGUGAUAUCGCGCUCGACCGACGACUUCACGCGCGAGCGCAGCCAGGACCUGCAGAAAGUAUUCCGCAAUUAUGAUCCAGCACUCCGUAGUCAAGAGAAAGCUGUUGAGUACACUCGAGCACUUAAUGCUGCAAAGUUAGAGAAGAUAUUUGCCAGGCCGUUUAUUGGAGCAAUGGAUGGUCACAUUGAUGCUGUUUCGUGCAUGGCGAAGAACUCCAAUUAUGUGAAAGCUAUGUUUUCUGGCUCGAUGGAUGGGGAUAUUCGACUAUGGGACAUUGCUGCAAGGAAGACAGUCUGCCAGUUCCCUGGACACCAGGGUGCUGUGAGAGGUUUGGCAACAUCUACCGAUGGCGAUCUUCUGGUAUCCUGUGGUGUUGAUUGCACUGUUCGACUCUGGAAAGAUCCUAUGCGUAAGAUGAUGGACUCUAAUGAUGCUAUUGGAGAUGCUUCCCAGCCGUCAGCAGUCUAUACAUGGAAGCAUGCAUUUUGGGGUGUUGACCACCAGUGGGAUCGUAAUGUUUUCGCAACUGUAGGUGCUCAGGUAGAUAUAUGGGACCAUAACAGGUCGGAGCCAAUAAAUACCUUUGAAUGGGGUAAAGAUACAGUUCUUUCUGUGCGGUUUAAUCCUGGAGAACCUGAUGUUUUACUUACAUCAUCUAGUGAUCGGAGUUUAACACUUUUUGACCUGCGCAUGUCAUCCCCAGCUAGAAAGUUAAUCAUGAAGACAAGGUGCAAUUCAUUAUGCUGGAACCCUAGGGAGCCCAUGAACUUCACUGCUGCAAACGAAGAUACAAACUGUUAUUCUUUUGAUGCUAGAAAGCUGAAUGAAGCCAAGGUUGUUCACAAGGGUCAUGUUUCAGCAGUGAUGGAUGUUGAUUACAACCCAACAGGACGGGAAUUUGUUACUGGUUCCUACGAUAGAACGGUACGAAUCUUCAAUUAUAAUGGUGAUCAUAGCAGGGAGAUAUACCAUACUAAGAGGAUGCAAAGGGUGUUUUGUGUGAAAUACACAUAUGAUGGGACCUAUCUAGUUUCUGGCAGUGAUGAUACAAAUCUUCGACUGUGGAAGUCCAAAGCUUCAGAACAAUUGGGAGUUAUUCUUCCAAGGGAACGCAAAAAGCAAGAAUAUCUAGAUGCUGUCAAGGCACGGUAUAAUCACCUUCCCGAAAUCAGGCGGAUUGACAAACAUAGGCACUUGCCUAAGCCAAUCUACAAGGCAGGCAAGAUAAGGCGCGCCAUGAUUGAUGCAGAAAGCCGGAAAGAAGAAAGAAGGCGAGCGCACAGUGCUCCAGGGAGCAGGACUAUGCAGCCCUUCAGGAAGAGAAGGCUCAUCACAGAAGUUGAGUAGGGUGGAUCUGACCAUGGCGAGGCCAAACAAAGUGGUAUUCUGGCGUAUUAUUUUUGGUCGAGUGUGAGUGAUGGCAAGUUGGGAUCAUAUUAUUAUUAUGUGUAGUAGUAGUAUUUUGUUACUUGCAAACCUUAGACGACACACCAGAUUAUAUUUGAGAAGGAAAAAAUAAACUUUAUCAGCGAUGCUGGUUUGUGACACUGGAAUGCAAGCUCAACAUACCUUCGUAAUUCAAUCGCUGUAAAGUCUA